AUGGCAGUGAGACUUGACAAAGUGGGUCGGGUUGCUCGCAUCAUCUUGAACCAACCUGACAAGAUGAACGCCAUGACAGCCCAACUGGUUGAAGAUUUUGGACAGGUUCUUGAGAGCAUUCACCUGAAUGCUUCUGACUAUGGUGCAGUGGUAAUCACAGGAGCAGGAAAAGCUUUUUCUGCUGGAGGAGAUCAGGCUUGGCUGAAACAGCGGUGCAAAGACACCGCCUCACGCAAUUCCCAGAUCAUGCAUGACUUCUACCAUCGAUUCCUGGCUGUUCGAUCCCUGCCCUUGCCGGUGGUGGCUGCUAUCAACGGCCCAGCGGUGGGGGCCGGAAUGUGCCUUGCCAUGGCUUGUGACAUUCGCGUAGCUUCCAGGAGUGCCAAGAUGGGUUUCCCCUUUGUUUCUUUGGGCCUCCAUCCUGGUAUGGGUGCCACACACAUGAUUGCCACUGUAGCUGGAUACGAGACAGCAUACCGUCUGCUUCUGACUGGCGACAUGAUCACCGGCGAGGAGGCCAAAGAACUUCGCCUCGUCUCGCAGUUGGCGGCCGAUGGUCCGGCAGCGCAGGCCGAUGCCCUGGCGCUGGCCGAGCGGAUCGCCGCGCAGUCGCCGGUGGCGGUGCGGACCUUGGUGCGCUCCUUGCGGAGGAAGCAGGAAGAAGGUUUGGAAGCGGCACUGUGGCGGGAAGCAGACGCGCAAGCGCACUGCUACGGCACCCAUGACAUGCAUGAGGGCCUGAAGGCAUCGAUCGAGCGGCGUGCCCCUCGUUUCCAGCAACACGAAAACUACGUGGACUCUGAAGUGAAAGGGCCAAAAAGUCGUUUAUGA